AAGCACUUGAAGUGCUGGACACUUCCAACCACUUCUUCUGACUUAUUCACUAGGUAGACUGGGCUUAGCUCCUCUGCAGAAAGAUGUCCUGUGGACAGAUUAGUUCCCGCUGCCUGCCACCAUGUGAGAUGAUGUGCCCAGAACCAUAUGUGGCUGCCUGCAACUAUCCGAAUACAACAUCGUUUGGAGACUCAAGAGCCGUGGUCUUUGCACCUCCCGUCAUCAUGACUUUCCCGGGACCGAUUCUCGCCUCUUGCCCUCAAGAAAGUGUUGUGGGGGCGGCAGAGCCAUAUCCAAUUGGGGGAUAUCCUGGGGGACCCUAUGAGGGUUCUGGGGGAUCCUAUGGAGGAUCAAGUGGAAUUGGAGGCUCCUAUGGGGCCUCCUAUGGGCAUUCUGGGGGAUCCUACGGGUAUUCUGGAGGAUCCUAUGGGGGAUCAAGUGGGAUUGGAGGCUCCUAUGGGACUUCUGGGAGAUCCUAUGGGGGAUCAAGUAGAACUGGAGGCUCCUCUGGGGCCACCUAUGGGAGUUCUGGGCAUUCCUCUGGUAUCUCUGGGGGAUCACGUAGUUCUGGAACCUCUUAUGGGGGCUCUGGGGGAUCCCGUGGGGGAUCCCGUGGGGGAUCAGGUAGAACUGGAGUCUCCUCUGUGAGUUCUGGGGAUCCCUAUGGGAUCUCUGGGGGAUCACAUCGCUCUGGAUCCUCCUCUGGGGGCUCUGGGGAAUCCCCUAAACGUUAUGGGGAAUCCCAUGAGAGACCAGGUGAAAGUGAACACUCCUCUGGGAGUUUUGGUGGUUCCUAUGGGAUCUCUGGGGGAUCACGUCACUCUGGAACCUCCUCUGGGGGCUCUGGGGAAUCCCCUAAAGGUUAUGGGGAAUCCCAUGAGGGACCAUGUGAAAGUGAACACUCCUCUGGGAGGUCUGGUGGUUCCUAUGGGAUCUGUGGGGGAUCACGUCGCUCUGGAACCGCCUCUGGGGGCUUUGGGGAAUCCCAUGAAGGAUCAAGGAGAAAUGAAGACUCCUCUGAGAGUUCUAAGGGUUUCUAUGGGAUCUCUGGGGAAUCAUAUGGUUCUGGGGACCCCUAUGAAGGUUAUGGUGGAUCAUAUGCUGUGGGAGGCUCUGGGAUUUUCAGGAGCUCUUUCUUUUCUAGAUGCCCCCCAGGCAGUUUUAGCAGCACUUUCCCUUUCACCCGAUUUGCCUAUCAGCGCCAGUUUGGAAACAAUGAGUUCUUUUAAACCCUUCCACGUUAUCCACAGCAGCAGAAACAGCCAGUGGCAGAUUCCAGGCAGAGUUCGUGGGAAAGGCUGUCAGACCUGCUGAGUCCUCGUAGCUCCAGGUGGGGUUGGAGAGUUCUGCACGUUUACAGAUCACCCCACAUGUGCUUUCUUCAUGUUAUGGUGUGCCUUCGGCUUGGAUUGGAGGGUCUCACUGCUUCGCCCUGAACUACUACGCUCCUUCAUCCUGCAUCAUACUGACUUAGGGGAAUGUCAAUCAUUUAAAAUGUUUGGGAACAAGGCGUGAUGGUCCGUUUCUUCUUCUGCAAUGAAGAUAGAUGGGAGGUUUGCGAGAGAUGCACUCCUCACAGUGAGUGCCUGGUUGUGGCCCUGACUGUAACUCCGGAAACAUGUCUUUCCCGCUGUGCAUCCUUUCGUUCUAUAAGGCUAUGUUCCCUGUCUCAUUCGCAUUAAAAAUCUUGUUGCAUCACA